AUGAUGGCCAGCUACCCCGAGCCCGAGGACGCCUCGGGGGCCCUGCUGGCCCCGGAGACCGGCCGCGCAGCCAAGGAGCCCGAGGCGCCGCCGCCGCCCAGCCCGGGCAAGGGCGGCGGCGGCGGUGCGGGGACAGCACCGGAGAAGCCGGACCCGGCGCAGAAGCCCCCAUACUCGUAUGUGGCACUCAUCGCCAUGGCGAUCCGCGAGAGCGCCGAGAAGAGGCUCACGCUGUCCGGCAUCUACCAGUACAUUAUAGCCAAGUUCCCGUUCUACGAGAAGAACAAGAAGGGCUGGCAGAAUAGCAUCCGCCACAACCUCAGCCUCAACGAGUGCUUCAUCAAGGUGCCGCGCGAGGGCGGCGGCGAGCGCAAGGGCAACUACUGGACGCUGGACCCGGCCUGCGAGGACAUGUUCGAGAAGGGCAACUACCGGCGCCGCCGCCGCAUGAAGCGGCCCUUCCGGCCGCCGCCCGCGCACUUCCAGCCGGGCAAGGGGCUCUUUGGGGCCGGAGGCGCUGCGGGUGGCUGCGGCGUGGCGGGCGCAGGGGCAGACGGCUACGGCUACCUGGCGCCCCCCAAGUACCUGCAGUCCGGCUUCCUCAACAACUCGUGGCCGCUGCCGCAGCCGCCUUCGCCCAUGCCCUACGCCUCCUGCCAGAUGGCGGCGGCCGCCGCGGCGGCUGCAGCGGCCGCGGCAGCCGCGGGCCCGGGCAGCCCCGGCGCGGCCGCGGUGGUCAAGGGGCUGGCGGGCCCGGCCGCCUCGUACGGGCCGUACUCGCGCGUGCAAAGCAUGGCGCUGCCUCCCGGCGUAGUGAACUCGUACAACGGUCUGGGAGGCCCGCCCGCCGCGCCUCCGCCGCCGCCGCACCCCCACUCACACCCGCACGCACACCAUCUGCACGCGGCCGCCGCACCCCCGCCGGCCCCGCCGCACCACGGGGCCGCCGCGCCGCCCCCGGGCCAGCUCAGCCCAGCCAGCCCGGCCACCGCCGCGCCCCCGGCGCCCGCGCCCACCAACGCACCCGGCCUGCAGUUCGCCUGCGCCCGGCAGCCCGAGCUCGCCAUGAUGCAUUGCUCUUACUGGGACCACGACAGCAAGACCGGCGCGCUGCACUCGCGCCUCGACCUCUGA